AUGCACACCUUACCCGCCUUCGAACGUCUCCUCGCACGGUCAGCCUUGGGGGAGAAGGAGGGGUGGGAGAUGGAUGUGAAGGCGGAGGUGAAGGAGGUCGAGCGGACAGCUGAUGUUCUGGAUAUUAGUGUUGAGGACAGCGAGAUAUGGGUAAAGCGCAACGAGCGUGUGUAUCUGUUCGAGAAGAUCAUUGCAAGGCUUUGGGAUAAACUUGGUACGGCGCGCAAUGUGAAUGUGAUGUUCGGGGUUUUCUCGCGCUUUUCACCAGGCCAAACAUUCGUGGUGCGAUGCGGGAGUACCAGACUCAUUCUGUAG